GUCUCUCCCUCUCUCGUGUAUAUAAAUACCAAAAUGUGUGUGUGUAUGUUUCAAAGUUGGAACAUAAAAUCCAUUCUUCAACCUUCCAUAAUCUUUCUUCUUCUAUCACUAUAUAUAUUUGCAGAUAUUUAAGUAUGGUUGUGUCAUCUCCGACUCCAUUUCGGACCAAGAAGGCAAGGGCUGUGGGAAUUCCCAUUAUUGACCUCUCUCUUGAGAGGUCUGUGUUGUCUGAGAAAAUUGUGCAGGCAUGUCAAGACUAUGGUUUCUUCAAGGUGGUCAACCAUGGUGUUCCCAUGGAGAUCAUUGCAAGAAUGGAGAAGGAAGGGAGUGAUUUUUUCGCAAAACCCGCUUCGGAGAAGCAACAACAAGCGGGGGGCCUGCCUAGUCCAUUUGGUUAUGGCUGCAAAAAUAUUGGCUUCAACGGUGAUGUGGGUGAGCUUGAGUAUCUUCUUCUUCACACAAACCAUCUCUCCAUUUCUGACAUAUCCAAAGCUAUCUCCUCUAUUAACCCAACAAAGUUCAGUUGUGCUGUGAAUGAUUAUAUACAAGCAGUUAGGAGCUUGACAUGCGAGAUGCUAGAUCUAGUGGCUGAAGGUUUAUUUGUUCCAGACAAAUCCGUCUUCAGUAGGCUUAUCGGAGACGUCCAUAGUGAUUCAUGUUUCAGGCUCAAUCACUACCCUCCUAUGGAAAACUCUAGGGAAUGGGAUCCAUCUCCAAAGCUUAAUGCAAACACUCGUAUGGGGUUUGGAGAGCAUUCUGACCCUCAAAUCUUGACCAUCUUGCGAUCAAACGAUGUUGAAGGCCUUCAAAUUUGUUUACAUGAUGGGUUAUGGGUCCCUAUCACUCCUGACCCCACUGAAUUUUGCGUGUUUGUAGGUGAUGUUUUACAGGCUAUGACAAAUGGAAAGUUUGUGAGCGCAAGACACAGAGUAAUAGUAGCAAACUCAGUGAAACCCAGAAUGUCAAUGAUAUAUUUUGGGGCUCCACCCCUUAAUGCAUGGAUCUCUCCUCUUCCAAAGAUGGUAUCACCCCCAAAACCAAGUCUCUACAAACCGUUCACUUGGAGUGAAUUCAAGAAAGCUGCCUACUCUCUACCUUUGGAAGAUUGUCGUCUCAACCGUUUUAAAGAUUCUCUUCAAUUAAGUCUAAGAACACAAAAACUAUAG